AUGCCGGGGCGCCCCUCCGUAGCGGGGCGCAGCCUCCUCGUCUCCCGCCCGGCCGGCCGCAUGGGGGGCGGAGGGUCGGCCCUGAGGGUCUGCGCCGACCACCGCGGGGGCAUCAACUGGCUCAGCCUGAGCCCGGAUGGGCAGCGCCUGCUGACGGGCAGCGAGGACGGCACGGCCCGGCUGUGGAGCACCGCGGACGGCCAGUGCUGCGCGCUCCUGCAAGGGCACGAGAGCUACGUGACCUUCUGCCAGCUGGAGGACGAGGCUGCCUUCACGUGCAGCGCUGACCACACCAUCAGAAAGUGGGACGUGCGCACCGGGCAGUGUCUGCAGGUCUUCCGAGGACACACGUCCAUCGUGAACAGGAUCCUGGUCGCCAACAACCAGCUCUUCAGCAGCUCCUACGACCGCACAGCUCGAGCCUGGAGCGUGGACAAGGGACAGGUGGCCCAGGAGUUCCGAGGCCACCGCAACUGCGUGCUGACCCUAGCCUACUCCGCGCCCUGGGACCUGCCCGGGGCUCCCUGCACCGAGGAGGUUGGGGGGCUCCUGGUGACGGGCAGCACAGAUGGCACGGCCAAGGUGUGGCAGGUGGCUAGCGGCUGCUGCCACCAGACGCUGCGGGGCCACACGGGAGCUGUGCUCUGCCUUGUGCUGGACACGCCCAGUCACACCGCCUUCACCGGCAGCACUGACGCCACAAUCCGCGCCUGGGACAUCCUGAGCGGGGAGCAGCUGCGGGUGUUCAGGGAGCACCAGGGCUCUGUCAUCUGUCUGGAGCUCGUGAACCGGCACGUGUACUCGGGCAGCGCCGACAGGACGGUCAAGUGCUGGCUGGCAGACACCGGCGAGUGCGUGCGCACGUUCGCGGCGCACCGGCACAGCGUGAGCGCCCUCAGAUACCACGCGGGCACCUUGUUCACGGGCAGCGGGGACGCCCGCGCGCGCGCCUUCGACGCCCAGUCCGGAGCACUGCAGAGGGUGUUCCGCGGCCACGCCUUCGUCAUCAACUGCAUCCAGGUGCACGAACAGGUGCUGUACACGGCGUCGCACGACGGCGCGCUGCGCCUCUGGGACGUGCGCGGCCUCCCGUGCGCGCCGCCGCCGCGUCCCGCCGCCCCCGCGCGCAGCCGUUCCCGCCUCUUCAGCAACAAGGUGGGCUGCGCCGCCGCGCCCCUGCAGCCCGCCUGAGCGCCCCGACUCUGCCCGGCCUCGGUGUCCGUGGAUUCUGAAGCCCCUCCCGU